AUGCAACAUGGUCACAAUGGCAUGCCUAAAGAACCUCGCAAACACAACACACCCAAGGAACAAGUUGCUGAAAAACAGAACCGUACUGAGAGAAAACGUCUUCACCUCCAGACAUGCUACUUCAUGCACCAGAAACAAAAUGCAGAACACAUAAUGAACCAGAAAAUUCACCAAGUCCGUGAGGUCUUGCAGCAUAUUGCCAUUUCAUCUGGUAACCUAGCAGAUCCAGAGUUCCUUUCCAAAGAAGUAACAGCACCAUGUUUCAUGUACGGAGAAAGAGUAGAGAGCCGGAGACGUUACAGCAAGAGGAUGGCUCUAUUGAGGUAUUUCCUGGAACGGCGACCCAAAUCUCCUCAGGGCUUAGGGAAAAUGUCACUGCUUGGGGAAACUUGCAAGCAGAAGGUUGAUAACAGGAGUGCAGAUGAGAUUUUCCAGGAGAUUCUUGACAAGAUUGAAACAGACUCGGAAGAGGAAGUUGAGGAAUCAGAUGAAAAACUUUCUUUGCCAAAAUCUCACCGACCAAAGGACUUCAAAUCGAGGUGUGGUUCAGCAGUUACAGGUUCACCCAGGAGUAAAUUAUUACCUAAAAUGGGGCAUGGUAAGAAACCAAGACCCAGGACUGCUCCAUGUUGGGAGUCAUCAAAGAAAACCUUAUCAACCGGAGGGAAUUCUGUGUGGACCACGUCUGCUAGUUCUAUCCAAGACCUGGGUCAUUUAUCUCCACGCUUACAGAUCCUUUUGGAGGAUGGUGGCCUAUCAACGAGCCAUCAAAAUGCCUACAUCCCAUUCUGGGCAGAUAUGGACCCUGUGAACCCUACUGAGAUGAGAUCGUCCAGGGGAAAAUCUCACAGUUCCGUCAGCUCAACCUCCUCUAUUCAUGGGUCUCCUCGCCAUCAAAAGGAAACCCUUCGACAAAUUAGUAUGUCUUCAGUCUCCUCUGCCUUCAGCAGUUCAUCUGGACGAUCAAGGAACAAGCAUCACUCAAAGACCUCACCUUCUAGGUCUCCUCACAGAACAAUCCGCAGUGAGGAAACGAUGACAGUUGAUUCCUUCUUCUCAUCACGUCCUAAAUCCUCUGUCUCUCCUCGUGGCAUCCAACAUAAUGCGAAUCCUGUUGAUGCCUUCUUCAAAAACUCUAAUAGUCCUGAGUCUUGUAGUGAUGAUCUUGAGGGUAAUUUGAACUGGUCUUUGUUUGAUCCAAAUCUGCUAGCAACAAGCUCUGUUGAUACCUAUAUCUAUAUCUGGGAUACAAGGGAAAGCAAGAAACCAGCAAGUGCAUUUUCUACUUUUGCUGGAGCUGGUCAGGUGAAAUGGAAUAGGAAAGAUGAGCACUGCCUAGCAACUGUCCAUGAUGGUGAUAUCAGGCUGUGGGAUAAGAGGAAAGGGAAUCAAGCAGUGAAGUACAUCUCUGCCCAUGUAUCCAAGAUCUACUCGUUAGACUGGGACCCUAACAAUCAAUCACAUCUUAUCACAGCUAGCCAAGAUUGCUCGGCAAAGGUCUGGGAUACAAACAAUCAGCAGAAAGCUGUUCUUGAAAUCAGGACUGAUGCCCCGCAAUGGAAAGUCAGAUAUACACCAUUUGGUGAUGGUCUGAUAACCAUCACUAUGCCUCAGCUCAGGCAGAGAGAAAAGAACUUACUGAUGUGGACUCAAUCUAACCCUGCAGCCCCAAUCCAUUCCUUCACCGGUCACAGUGACGACAUCCUAGAAUUUCAGUGGAGGCCAAAAGAUGCUUCGUAUUUUGACUACCACAUGGUUACCUGGGCUCGGGACUACACACUCAGGAUAUGGAGAGUAGAGCCAUACUUACAGAGGUUGUGUGGUGUUGAAGUCCACGACCUGAACCUCAGCGGCUCCAGUGAGAUAGAAAUCCUUGCAUCCCCUCCAAAGUCUGGUUCAUCGGUAGGCGUGGCAUCGUCGGCCUCCCCCGCUAGACAGCUUCUUGGAAGCAAGGAGAUGAUUGGUGGAGGGGUUGGAGAUCAGAACCGAUCACUGAGUGAUUUAGAUGAAUCUAUAACAUCCCUAGAGCAGGAGUUCAAGUCAGUAGCACGUAUCACCCCACAAACUAGCAUUGAACCUGAUCUUGGAAACCGUAGUUGCCUUAUAUCUGCAUCCAACAAUCGUCACACCGUCCGAAUGAAGAUGUCAUUCCCACCCCAGUACCCAAUCAAAGUUAGCCCUAAGCUAUCCAUCAUAUCUCCUACCACACUGGACAAUCAAACAAGGAUUAAAGUACUAGAGGUAUUGAACCAUUCCUGUAUGCAGCAAGUGGAGCUUGAGAGAUUCUGCAUAUCAACUUGUUUUAAUCAACUCAUUAACAUCAUGGAAGGCUUGCAGCUGAACUCGCCAAAUGCAAUGAAUGGGUCAUCCAGCAAGGGGAUAUUGGGGUCAUCUGGGGGUCAAGUCGCUUCAAAUUAUGGAUCUGUUUCUGAUAAGAAUAUUCCUUUCCCCCGUACCUCAGGUGCUAGAUUCUGUAGUACAGACAAACUAGUUAUGUUCACCAGACCAAAUAGUAUGAAGAAAUCCAGUGCUAUCUUUCAGCCAAUUCCAAAGGCUCUGUCAGCAUUGAGCCAACAACGUGGACAGCAAGUCAUCCAAACAAGAAAGGAAAACCAGGAGGGCUUAUCAAUUACUAGGUUCUACAAAGAAAGGGAAAAUAAACAUAGAAGAGGGGGUAAGCAUCGCAGGAAAAACUCUGACGUAACUCAGAUAUCUACCUCUACAUCACAGGCAUCUGGUAUGGUCUUUGUCUUUGAUACGUCCUGUCUCCUACCCAUUCAUCAGAAAUUAGCUGAAACUUAUGUAUUAAUUCCUGAUGAUGUGCCUAGGAUGUGUUCUCUUAAUGCAAAUGCAGCCGCAGCUGUAGGAAGGAAAGAUCUAUUACAGGUAUGGUCCUUAGCCUCUUUAGCUAGCAGUCCUAAGUUGGGCCCACAUCCUUCCCCAGACACUGAGAGACCUUGGGCUAAACAUCCAAUGGGGCGACAACUACUCAAGUCUUUAAUGGAUCACUACAGCUCAAUUCAUGAUGUGCAGACAUUAGCCAUGUUAUCCUGUGUGUUUGGUGAAAAUACAAGACCCAAGGGGGAUCAUAUAAAUAGUCCAUCCAUUCAAAGGUUCUUUGUAUCUCCGGGUUCCGACUCUAUUUUUAGUCCUGACUGGAUAACAGAGUAUGGUCAGAGUCUUCCUGAAUCUCCUGACGAUUACAAGUUUGGUCAGGCCAGAAACCCUGAAGAGAUGGAGAAGGAUAUUCACAGAGCAAAUAUACAAUUGAUCGAUCCUUCUCAGAGACACCAACUGGACAAGUUUAAAAAGAAGUACGCAGACAUCCUGUACAAGUGGAAUCUCCUAGAGGCUAGAGCAGAACUUCUCAAGUAUAUGACGUAUCCAGAGCGAUCCAGGCACUCUCAAUUAGAUUUUUCAGACUUUGGCAUCGAGUGUCGUAGAUGUAAGAAAAGGUCAAUGUCCGUUCAAUGCAAGGAAUGUAAGAAGUACGCCUUUGCAUGUGCUAUCUGCCAUGUUGCUGUGAGAGGUGCCUCAAUAUUCUGUUUGUUUUGCGGCCAUGGAGGUCACACACAACACAUGCUAGACUGGUUCAAACUGGAGAAGAUGUGUCCUACUGGUUGCGGCUGUAUGUGUGAACGGGAGUCACAGCGAGCGUGUGAACAGGACGUUUCGUGCUCAUCACCUAUUACACCCACCAUUAGUGCAAAAAGAUGAAAGACGAUGAUGACCUGUGCUUUUGAAUGGUGUGUUCAGAUGUGACUUUGGGUGUUUGAGAUCACAAUUUCUUCACAGGAAUGCUGGCCUGGGUCUCUUUCAGACAUAGUAUGCCAGGAAAACUUUGGUCUCACUGCAUGUGCAAGUUGCUUGUAAAGUCGAUCUUAACUUUACAAACAUCAUUAUGAGACAGUCCCUAGGCUCCAUAUUGCAUUGAUAUUGAUGGAGAUCAUAGAAAUCAUGUUGUUAUGCUGUUGAAAUACAAAUAGAAUAUGUCACACUUGUUACUGAUGGCAUCAACAAGGCAAGAAAUAAGGGAAUGUUCACAUGAGGUUCACUCAUACCCAGAUGACAACUAAAAAAAACAAACUUGGUAUUCUGUGAUUGGGGUCUUCUAGCAGAAACAAUUGCAUUUAAACUCAACUCCUAGAAUCAAGCCAGUCCCUAAUAUGCGCAUUUGAUUGCUUGAGAAUCAAAUUACGUUUGAUACACGUAUUUGGAGUUGGGUUUGAUUUUAACUCAUUUUGCAAUGCCCCCUCCCUCUCCCCGGGAAUUUACUCCAAUCAGAGAAUACCAGGUAUUUUUGAUAGUGUGAAGCAAAUUGCUUUUUACAUCCCAGAAAAAAAAAUGAAAUGGUAUUUCUCAAAAUUACAAGACCUUUUGCAAGGAUUUUUCUAAGGUUACAGGUGUUCUUUGCGUGCAAAAGCAAUUCGUAAGAACUUCCCCUAUCCCAGAGAGAAUGUUAGGCUCUGAACAUCAUAAGGAACUUGGAUUACUAGCUUGCUUAACUUGCAGUUUUGAAUGCUGUGUGUCAUCUGCUCCUCAUGAUCAGACCUUACUGCUCAUAUCUUCAAGUGCUUACCCUGAAAGUGUCUGGUUCAGGUGGGUAUGAAUGCAGAAAAUAUUAAUUUUGUAUUUUGAGACAAAUAUUAUUCAAUUUAAUAUUAUUAUAAUGAUCAACUGCAUACGUAGGCACCAAUGGGAAAGACACUCAAGGCUAGGAUUAUGUGUAGGCGUGAAAGUGAUUUGGUGUUUUGAAAAUGAUCCUGUAGGAACUACAUGUAUGAUAUUCAAAGCUAUGUGUACUGAAGGGAUUCAUUCAGAAACAUAAUUCAUUUCUAUAUUGGCUCAUGCAUUAUUUUACAGAGAGAGAAUAUAAGAUUGUUCUGAUUUUAAAGAAGUCUUGUUGUCUUCCAAUUAUGAAAUCCCUAUUGGUGAUGUAAGAUAUCUGAUAUUUACUCAGCCCGCUGCCAGGAAGGAGUUCCUGCAGCUUUUAAAGGAAAGAGGGUCAUGUAAGUUGUGUUAAAGUGGUGCCAAAUUGUGUUGCAGUGACGAUAAACAAAUGCUAUAACGUUAGAAACUUAGAAUUUAUCAUUGGAUUUAAAUUAAAGAAGCUGACUGUAUUUCCUGUUUUGGCCAUUUCUUUUUCUAUAUAGCCUUGACAAACAAAGGAAAAAUAUGUUGUAUACAUUAUAUGGUCGAUUUAGUAUCCAUCAUAAAUUUUAUGGAUUCAAUCACUUCCUCUUUUUUGAAACAAUGUUCAUUCAUUAAGCACACGCCUCACUUUUAGGAUAAAAACAUAUUUGUUUAUUUUACAUGUCAUGCAAUUUUACAUUUGCCUCGGUAAUUGCAUAUUUAAACUAAUCAGUAUCCGUAUCUUGCAAAUCAAACCAUUUCUUUAUUUUCAAGUAAUCUUCAUGAAAUUCAUAACACUUACAUUGGUAUAUGGAUAAAAAGUGUGACACACUUUGAAACGCAUUCCCAUGGUGAAAAUCAGUAGAGCAGGAGGGAACUUGCACCUUUACAUUCCACCAUGCGCCACCACAUGCCAGUUGGGAGUCAGUUUAAUAGCCACUGCACACCACUAGGCACCUUAUUGGUGACAGUAGGGUCCACAGCUGCCUUGUAUUGCACAAACUGGGACCAACUGGUCCUGGCCCAGUGGACUCCUAGCAUAAUGUAGCAUGAAUUCAAACUGCAUUGUCUGCCAAAUUAUUGGCAGCAUAGCAAAACAAUAUUUUACACAAAUUUUUCAAAUCACGAGUCGUACAUCCUUUAGAUAUAUCACUUUAGAAGAUGGUUGUGAUGAUUACUCAGUGACAAGUAUUGAUCGAUUUGCAUUGUUAUGAAAAUUGAAUCUUGUUUGCAUCCAAAGACUUUGAUUAUCAAAACUGAAAUAUAAAGAUAUACUAGUAUACAAA